CAAAAUUAGAUGUGUGCCACCAUGCCCAACUUUCUCUGAUCUUAACCCCACGUGCCUGAUACUACUAUUAGUAUUUGUUUUUGAGGCUUGAAGUCAAAGCCAUUUAAUAUAAUCAAAGAUUUACUGUAACUCCAAGUUACUUCUCUGAGAAAGAAUCUGAUAGAAAAUGUCAGGAAUUGACUAAAUGAUUGGAUCAGACUACUUAAAAACUCAGAAUUUCAACAUUCGCAUCUUGCAUAGCUCCGUCACAAAAACAGAAAGCAAAGCCUGUCUGGAGACAAAGUUCAGCAUUCAAGAGCACUUGCUACUUUUGCAGAGGGCCCAGUUCCAGUUCAGUUUCUGUUAGACUGACUGGCCAGUGAGCUCCAGGGUUCUGCCCUUUUCUUUUUUAAUGAUUUAUUUUAUGUGCAUUGGUAUUUUACAUGCAGGUAUGUUUGUGUGAGAGUGUGGGAUCCCCAUGGAUGUGGAGUUACAGACAAUUGUGAGCUGCCCACAUGGGUGCCUGGCAUUGAAUCUGGGUCCUCUGGAAGAAUAACCAGUGCUCUUUGCUGAGCCAUCUCUCCAGCCCCCUAUCUGCUUUUCUUUUUUUCUUCAAUCAUUCAUUCAUUCAUCCAUCCAUCCAUCUAUUUAUUUAUUUAUUUAUUUUUGGUUUUUCGAGAUAGGGUUUCUCUGUGGUUUUGGAGCCUGUCCUGGAACUAGCUCUUGUAGACCAGGCUGGUCUCGAACUCACAGAGAUCCACCUGCCUCUGCCUCCCCCACCACCGCCCGGCUAAUAUUGUUCUUAAUAUAAGCAUUUAUUUGUUUGUUUUUUGUUUUGUUUUUCAAUACAGGGUUUCUCUGUGUCCCUCUAUAGACCAGGCUGGCUUGAACUCAGGGUUCCGCCUGCCUGUCUCCCCAAGUUCUGGGAUUAAAGGCAGACAGGCAGACAUAGGUCUGCCCUUCUUGUUUCUCAACAUUAGACUUUAGAACAUUAGCCCUAUUUUCUUUUUUCCUCCCUCCCUCCCUUCCUCCUUCCUUCUUUCUAGCCCUAUUUUCUUUUCCCUUUCUCCCCCCUUCCCUCUCUCCCUUCCUUUUUUUUUAAAAAAUUAUUUACCUUUAUUUUAUGUACAUUGUUGUUUUGCUUGCAUGUGUGUCUGUGUGAGCAUGUUGGAUCCACUGGAACUGGAGUUACACACAGCUGUGAGCUGCCAUGUGGGUGCUGGGAAUUGAACCCAGGUCCUCUGGAAGAGCAGCCCGUGUUCUUAAUUGCUAAAUCAUCUCUUCAGUAUUAGGCCCAUUUACUUAAUGCAAUGACAAACCAAGAUAAGGGUACCUGUUAGGGAAUUUUAUUGCCAGUUUUUUUUGUUUUGUUUGUUUGUUUCUUGGGACUACAGUAAGCUUUGAUGACACUUGUAAAUUAAUUAAAUGAACCUCCCUCCCCCGUAGGAGUUUGUAAGAGAGUGGCAUUGAACUUGUGAUCCUUUUUCCUUGGUCUCCUAAAUUCUGGAGUUAUAGUUGUGUGCCAUCAUGCCCCACCUAAAAAGUACAUUCUUGCAUCUGCAUAAUAAGUUAUGUACUUAAAAUUUGAGAAAAUGGGAAACCUAAUCCAUGCAAAAUAAGUCUAUAAGCACAUUUUAAAGUGAUCUCCUGUGAAGUUUAAGAAACCAUGAUAGUUUUAUAAAUCAGCUUUAGUUUACUGCAGCAGCAUAUGAGGAUGAAUAUUUGAAUCUGUUUGUGCGCGUGCACUAGUGUGAGCACAUAAGAGUGCAUGUGUGCAUAUUCCACUUUCAUGUAUACUUCUAAAGUUUUGUGUUUAAAUAGGUUUGCAAAAUAAAUUUGAUACUGCUCUAUGUGGAUUUUGUGUUCUUACUUUUAUUUGUUAGAUUUAGGACUUUUUCCCCCUUUAGAUACUCAAGAAUGGCUUUUCCAUUCAUUUCCCCCCAGCGGGACUUCCCCUCUUGCAUGCUUAAAUGCAAUGCUGCACACAAACUCCCGAGGUGAAGAGGGAAUCUUCUAUAAAGUCCCAGGUAGAAUGGGAGUGUAUACUUUGAAGAAGGAUGUGCCAGAUGGAGUGAAAGAACUGUCAGAAGGUUCAGAAGAAAGCAGUGAUGGUCAGUCAGAUUCUCAGAGCUCUGAGAACAGCAGCAGCAGUGAUGGUGGCAGCAACAAAGAGGGGAGAAAGAGCAGGUGGAAGAGGAAAGUAUCAUCUAGACUGUCACAGCCAUCCUCUCCCCAAUCGGGCUGCCCAUCACCCACCAUUCCAGCAAGUAAAGUGAUUUCUCCAUCACAGAAGCACAGCAAGAAGGCAUUAAAGCAGGCACUGAAGCAGCAACAACAGAAGAAGCAGCAACAGCAGCAAUGCAGGUCAAGCAUGUCCAUCUCCAAUCAACACCUCUCUCUUAAGACUGUCAAAGCAGCCAGUGACUCUCUACCUGCCAAACCCGCCCUAUGGGAAGGAAAGCAAUCUGAUGGACAGUCAAGCAGUCCCCAGAACUCAAACUCCAGCUUUUCUUCCUCAGUGAAAGUGGACAGUUCUCUUCUAGGCUUGGGGAAGAAGUCUUUCCAGAGGUCUGACAGACUCCACACAAGACAAAUGAAAAGGACUAAAUGUGCUGACAUUGAUGUUGAGACCCCCGACUCCAUUCUGGUUAAUACUAAUCUUCGCGCACUAAUUAACAAGCACACCUUUUCACUUCUUCCUGGAGAUUGCCAGCAGCGCCUGCUUUUACUGCUUCCAGAGGUGGAUCGACAGGUUGGUCCAGAUGGGUUGAUGAAAUUGAGUGGCUCAGCCCUUAACAAUGAGUUCUUCACCUCUGCAGCUCAGGGCUGGAAGGAAAGACUCUCAGAAGGUGAAUUUACUCCUGAAAUGCAGGUGAGAAUUCGUCAAGAGAUUGAGAAGGAAAAGAAGGUAGAGCCAUGGAAGGAACAAUUCUUUGAAAGCUACUAUGGUCAGAGUUCUGGCUUAAGCCUUGAAGAUUCACAGAAACUGACAGCUUCCCCUAGUGAUUCCAAAGUAAAGAAAAUCCCUGCUGAGCAACCAAAAUCCAUAUUUCCUUCAGAGGCCUCUCCUGCCAGAAACUUCCCAGUUGUUUCCCAUUCAGAGUGUAAAGAAGAAGCAGUGCAAAUACCAUCACCAUUCAGAAAAGAAGUAGAAAACCAAGAGGAGGCACAGCCAAAUUCUGCAUCCCCAGAACCCAUCCUUGCGUCAGCCAGCAAUACAAAUGAGCUUAUCACCAUGACGUCCGUCAAGUGCCCUAAAGAUGAGGGACUCUUAGAGCAGAAGCAUGUUGUCUGUGCUGAACAAGAGUCUGAGAAAGAAAAUCAAGCCACCACAACUUCUAAUUAUAACAAAAGUGAGAACCAAGAAGCUACAUCCCCAAGCAAAUCUAAAACUUCUGGGUUAGAAAAGCCUAUAACAAAGCCUGUGGCAGAAGCUGGUCCACUGGACCCAGAUGUAAAGAUAUCUCCAACGUCUCUUGCUGAUCAGAUCCCAGAAAGUCUGAAAAGGAAAUCUUCUCUUUCCCAAGAAGAGGCUGCUAGCAGCUGGGAGAAAAGACCACGCAUCACUGAAGACCACCAUCACCAGCAGCCAUUUCAGGUCUCGCCACAGCCCUUUCUUAAUAGAGGGGACAGGGGACAGGUGCGAAAAGUACCACCUCUCAAGAUCCCGGUCUCCAGAAUCUCCCCGAUGCUGUUUUCUACAUCGCAGGUCUCUCCCAGGGCUCGUUUUCCAAUCUCCAUCACUAGUCCUUACAGAACAGGAGCCAGAACUCUUGCAGACAUCAAAGCAAAAGCCCAGUUGGUCAAAGCACAGAGGGCAGCAGCUGCUGCAGCCGCUGCAGCUGCUGCAGCCGCCUCAGUUGGAGGGACCAUUCCAGGACCUGGCCCUGGGGGUGGACACAGUCCAAGAGAGGGUGGCGAAAGGAAAACUGGUGCAGGAGGGAGUCCUGGCUCAGACAGAGUCAGCGCAACUGGAAAGGGUCCCACACUGGAGCUGGCAGGAACUGGAAGCAGGGGAGGUAUGCGAGAGCUUUUACCCUGUGGUCCCCAGGCUGAGUCCCAGCCUCCUGGUGUCUCUGGAGCACAAUUACAGCAAACCUCCUCAGUGCCUACAGCACACACCAUCAGUGGAGCAUGCACAAGCCUCCCAUUACCAGCCCACAUAGAGAAACUAAACAGUGGGAAACUGAACCCCCACCAGGCAGCAGCCACAGCAGCCUCUCCUUGCCACUCACAAGACCUGAGUAGUUACAGACAGGAAAAAGCUCCUUCUCCAGAAGGGCCUGCUCUCAUCUCAACGGCUUCACCUGUUUGCUUUGUAGCUGAUGGCACAGUUGAACACAAAGCAGGUUCUAAUAAGAAUGCACCAAAGCCUUCAGCCUCAGCAAAGGUAGCUGGUUCUGCUCGACUGGAUAUGACUUCCCCCUCUGCAACAUCCUUAUUGACAACAGCCAGUUUAGAAAAACUCUCUGUACCCCCAGUCAGUGGAACUGCAGCAUCUACUGGAUCAGCUUCAUCCUCAAGCACCUUGCCAGCAGCUUCUAGCCUUAAAUCCCCAGGAACUUCUGCAAAUAUGAACGGACCCAUUUCAAGACCAAGUUCUAGUAUCCCUGCUAAUAACCCUUUAGUUACUCAGCUGCUUCAGGGCAAAGAUGUUCCCAUGGAGCAAAUUCUGCCUAAACCUCUCACCAAAGUUGAAAUGAAAACAGUCCCACUGACUACGAAAGAGGAGAAGGGGGUAGGAGCAUUCCCUGGUUCCAGUGUGAUGGAAGGCAGCACCAGAGAGGAAGUUAAUGGCAGGCAGGCCUAUCUGGCUCUCCAGCAACUGGGGAAACCCUUGCAGAGUAAGCAGCUUCCCCAGGUCCCUAGGCCAGUCUUCGAAGCUAAGGACUCUUGCAGUGACACUCACCAGUACCCAGAAGGACUAAGUAAAACAACUCAAGAUCAGCUUUUUCAGACUCUCAUCCAGAGGACUCAGAGACAGAGCGUUCUCUCAUUUGUGCCACCCUCUCAGUUCAACUUUGCUCACUCAGGUUUCCAAUUGGAAGACAUAUCCACAAGGCAGAAAUUUAUGCUGGGCUUUGCUGGCAGGAGGACAUCCAAGCCUGCAAUGGCAGGUCACUAUUUACUUAAUAUUUCCACCUAUGGCCGGGUGUCAGAGAGUGUUAGGAGGACCCAUUCUGUAAAUCCUGAGGAACGAUUUUGUCUAAGUAGUCCCACUGAAAACUUGAGAAUGGGCUAUGCAGAUUGUAAAAACACAACUGGAGACAGCAGCAGCAGCAGCAAAGACGAUGAAACUGAUGAAGAGAGUGUGGGAGAUGAGAAAGAGCCUGUGUCUGUGAAGGAGGAGCCCUGGGCUUCUCAGAGUUCUGGCAAGCAUCUCCACAGUGGGGAAACUCCAUCCACCAUUGAUUGUUUAGCUAGCAAGAAUGGUAAGGCUGAGGCACCGAUGAGUGAGCAAACCACUGCAGGCAAGGAGAAUUGCAUAUUCUCUAGAGGCCAAACAUUUGAUGAAAAGACCCUACCCAGAGAUUUUAUUCAGGCAGCACAUAAACAAAUGGCUCAUAGUGUGAGAGGUAAGACAGUAUGUAGCAGCCCCGAAAUUUUCAAUUCUACUGCUCUUUCUCUCCCUGCAGACAGUCCCACACACCAGCCUCUACUCCUUCCACCACUGCAAACCCCCAAAUUGUAUGGAAGCCCCACACAGAUAGGGCCAAGCUAUAGAGGCAUGAUCAAUGUCUCAACCUCAUCAGACAUGGACCAUAGCUCUGCUCCACCAGGUAGUCAGGUAUCUAGCAAUGUAGGGGAUGUUAUGUCAUUUUCAGUGACUGUCACGACCAUCCCUGCUAGCCAAGCUAUGAAUCCCAGCAGCCACGGCCAGACACUUCCUGUUCAGGCCUUUCCUGAUGAGAACAGCAUUGAGGACGCACCUUCGAAAUGUUACUGCCGGUUGAAAGCCAUGAUCAUGUGCAAGGGAUGUGGAGCUUUCUGUCAUGAUGAUUGCAUUGGGCCCUCCAAACUGUGUGUCUCCUGCCUCGUCGUCCGAUAAUAAGACCUACAGCAAAUGUAAAGAGGGAAGGGGAGGCUUAACAAGACGUAUUCUUGCACCCUUUUGAAAUCACAGAAAUAAAGUUUGAGUUGUCUCAAGAGACAUUAAUCAGGAAUGCAGAAUACAGGUCUUCAGAUUGACAGGAAGCGCACCUUGUAUAGUAAGUGUGAGUCGAGGAGGACUAUGAGUUGGUGACAAGUUUGCACUUAAAAAAUCAUGUAAAUAUGUCACAUUUUGUUUUAACAUUGUUUUCCAAGAAUUUAGGUAAUGAUGUGUUAACUUCACAUUCAGAUUUAUGUUCCAUUUCUUUUGACUCUGAAAAUAGUUGAGUGGUAUGCAUGGUGAAAGGAAACUCUCUGCCUCUGACCUUUCCUAGGGCGGGGAGAGGGAGAAUGGUCAGGAAGCGACCAUCAUGCUGAUUAUGUCUUCACAGGCUGGCUGCAGGUUCUCCACAGAUGCCUUGGUGGGGUUUAGAUUUCGGGUUUACUCAUCCCUUUACUUUAGAUGGAACCAUUUCAAGUGGGGUUUUUAAAAAGUAUUCACAUCCCAGUGUUUUUGAUCCUGACAGUCCAGACUUAGCUUUUGCCUUCCAUGAAUCAGUACUAUUGUCAAGCAGAGUGUUUCCUAGUCCGGGAAUGUUAUUUAAGAAGGGUCCGCCUCCAAGGGACUCGUCUAUUAGCCUAAUCUGUGCAUGGCAUUAGUUCCAGCAAUAAUACAUCCUGAUACUGCAUCAUUCAUGGGCUCCCACAAACAGGUCUGAAAUAGCAGUGUAAAAUAAAAUGCACACAAGCAUUAGUGAUUGGGGUGUGUGGGGGUGUGUGUGUGUGUGUGUGUGUGUGUGUGUGUGUGUGUGUGUGAGAAAGAGAACUGUGUGUCUGUUGGCAAAGGAAUGAAACUGAAGAAACUUAACUGAAACUUCAGGACUUUGAAAGAGUGAUUUUAACACUGGACACAAAAUAUUUUCCUUUCCUCUAUCUCAAACAAUUCCAGUAGAAACGCUCUUUGGUGGUAACCUCUUUUCUGCUUUGACAUCCCAGGCAUGAGAUGGUGAUGCAGUGAUCUUUGCCAUCCUACCACACCACAUGUUUGCACUCAUACAGAGGAAGAAGACAGUUUGCUGUUUCUGCUGUCUGGACAGCAAGGAUGCCUGACGUGAAAGGGCGUUAUAAGUGACUGAUCAAAUACCUGGCUGUGGAAUUUCAGGGUUUUUUUUCUUUUCUUUUUUUUCUUUUUUUUUUUUUUUUGGUUUUUCGAGACAGGGUUUCUCUGUGGCUUUGGAGCCUGUCCUGGAACUAGCUCUGUAGACCAGGCUGGUCUUGAAAAAUCCUUUUCCCAGCACCCUGGAUUCAGGGGCGUACUGAUCUCUGAGUUCAAUGCCAAUCUGGUCUUCAUAAUGAGUUUCAGGACAGGAUAUAAAGAAACCCUGUCUCCAAAAAUAUAAGUGAAUAAAUAAAGCAAAUCUGUUUUUAAAAAGAACAAAACAAAAAUAAAACUCUUCUAGUCAGUGGACGUGGUGAUACACAUUUCAAAUCUCAGUGCUUGGGAGUCAGACGGGUCUCAGUGAGUUAACAGCCAAUGUGCUCGGAAGCAAGUUCAUGGCACACAAACACUGUCUUUAAAACAAAUUAAAGAACUAGUGACAAACUUUAAGCAAAUACUACUUAAAUCACUGUUAAAGACGGUUUAAGACAGAGUUUUUCUGAUAUUCUAAUAUCAAAUAGUCUGUAUCGAUUGAUUUCAAGUCUCUUAAUGUGAAUGAAGUGUGUGAUGCUGUAAUAUUGCAACCCCGUAUAGUUUCAAAAGCUAUAAAACUCAGGACAAUUUAACUGAUUAUACAUCACAGGAAGGAGACAGGAAUGUGUCUUGCCUGCCAUGUGGUGCUCACCCCUGGCCAUCACACACAUGUGCUUCCUCAGUCUUUGCUCUAAACUCUGUGAAACUCACUUUUCCUGCUCUCGUGGCCCUAAACAGUUACAUCCUGUGUUCCAGAACCAGGCAAGACGGUAUGAUGUCUUUCCACCUUCCCUUCAUUCCAGUAAAUGCACGGCUAGUGGGAAAGAGAGGCUGCAGGGAUUCAGGGUUAAGUGCGUAUGUUGUGAAGGACGAGUAGGAAACAGAAGCCAGGGUUCAGGUCCCAAACCUUCAGGACCAUGGGUGGUCCCCAUGGGACCUCCAAAGACCCUUACCUAAGUAGUCUCCUUGUCUUAUCCUGGAAGAGGGUGAGUGAUUCAGAAUGGACCUCAUGCUCACAGUCAGGGGCGAGUUUGUAUUGGUGAAAUUUUUUCUACUUUCUACCUUGCUUACUAGGAAGAUUUUGUUCCCUGGUUUCCUUAAUCUGGGACUGGGUGGGCAGGAGCGAGGCAUUAGAGACUGUCAGGUCCAUCUAAAGACCACAGUGUUCCUCUUACCUCAACCCAAAGUCUUGCUCUUCACCUGACUCCACUAAGUGACUAAUUUCCCUCCUCCUAUUCCAAAAACAACUCGCCAGCUAGGUACACUGCCUCAGACUUGACAAAAACGGAUUUUUUUCUUAUAUUGAAAAUAUAUUAAAUAUGAAUCUGUUUAAAUGGUUUGUUUUAAAACAUGGUUUCAGAUGGAAGAGGAACACUCAUAAAUGAACAGGAAAACAAAUAGUUGAGUCUGGCCCUUUAAGUUGAAUUUGGUACUCCAGUACAUGUUAACACAUUUUUAAUCGUAACUUUUUGCUAUUUUUUUUAACCUUUCAGUUAACAUGAAAUGGUUCAAUGUUUAGUUUCUUAUUUGGGCAAUUUCCAGUGAGGUUUUCAAUAUCACACCUGAUACACAUACCAGUAUGCCCUCUCUAGCCUUAAAUCACUUCUGCAAGUCACCUCUGGGAGAGUAUUCACGAUGCAUCUUCUCAGGAUAAUUUAUAAGUGUUCUGAGUUACCUAAGAUGAACACUCCCUGAAUCAUAAAGGAUUUUUUUUAAUAAUCAGAAUUCUUUAUCCCAUUAAUUUAAGGGGAGCACAAAUAACACGGAGUUGUUUGUCCUGCUUCAGUUACUCAACCCCUGUGCUCAAGACACUGAGGCUGCCUCCAGGGUUCUCUGUGGCAUUUCUUAAGAGAUAGAGCUGGCAAAUGGAGCUUUUCUUGGAGUGGGAAGGCUGCAUUUCCCUGGGUGUAGAGAUGUGGGUAUUUGAGAGAGUAUCUCAAAUGUGGAUUAACAGCAAAGGAAGACCUCACUGCCUUCCAGGUGAAGGUACGCUGUCCCACACGGAGCAGGCCCAUCAGUUACCGUUCUAUUUGCUCCGCACUGCUCUCCACGGUAGAAAACCUUCAUGAGCUCUUUGGUUAAAGGGUUGUUAGAGGGCUUCACCGUGGUCACAUUUGUUCGGAGCUCAUUGCCCGUUGUUUUCUCUCUGGCGUCACAGAACAAGGAAGCUUCCCGUUGCAUUACAGCAAUGUGUACUAAGUGGGGAACUUGGCCGUGGGUAGUUUGCAGCUCAACAUAUAGAACAGUCCAAAGAGACUUUGCGAAACAUGGUGACAGGCAGGGACCUUUUCCUAUGUGUUUCAAUACCUACAACCUAACGAACAAGACAGUAGGUAGACAUUUCCUAAAGUUGAAGCAAGAGCUUCAUAGAGUCUUGGUUACUUUAUUUUUUUUAAUGCUUUACAUUUGAUACAACUAUUAAAGAUAAAUAUUAAAAUAUCUUUCCAGUAA